CGGGGAACUCUCCGCUCCUUUAAGGAAACUUUAUCCUCCUGCUCUGCGUUUCCGUGAUUUCCCGAAGAACGGCGAAUCCCAUUAAGUAGACCGAGCAGAAAGAAGUGAGAUCCUCGCUCCGGUUACAGACUCAAACACGCCUGCUCUGCUGGAUUGAGGAAGUAAGUGGGAGGACGGCGAGACACGAACACCCGAGCCGAGGGCACGCAGCAGGUGGACGGACACUGACUCGUGUCCUAGGAGAGGUUCCGAAAGUCUCUCGUCAUGGAAGACUGCGUAGACGAUGUGCGCAAUCCCACCGAGGUGCACAUGAGUCAGAUGGUGAUGCCGUCUCACGCCAAUCACCGCGGGCAGCUCAGCACCGGCCAGCUGCUGAAAUGGAUAGACACCGCCGCCUGCCUGUCUGCUGAACGGCACGCAGGCUGCCCCUGUGUCACCGCGUCGAUGGAUGAUAUCUACUUUGAACACACAAUCAGCGUGGGACAAGUCGUUAAUUUAAAGACAAAAGUAAACCGAGCUUUCAACUCCAGUAUGGAGGUUGGAAUCCAGGUCACCUCAGAAGAUGUGUGCGACGGAAAGGAAUGGAACGUGUGUCAGGCUUAUGCCACGUUUGUAGCCCAGGCACAGGGCAACGAAAAGGUAAAGCUGAAGCCCGUUAUACCUCUGACGGAAGAGGAGAAGCUGGAGUACAGCAUCGCUGCUGAGAGACGACGGAUGAGGCUGGUCCAUACUGACAAUAUAAAGGAACUCUUAACCAAAAGUGCUUCCAAAGAUGAAAGAAAACAAGAGGAUGGGGUAAAUGGAAUUGUUCUGGCACUAAAGACCAGGGUUGAGAGCGUAGAACUAGUCUUGCCCCCUCAUGCCAAUCACCAGGGGAAUACAUUUGGUGGGCAAAUCAUGGCUUGGAUGGAAAAUGUUGCCACAAUAGCUGCCAGUCGUCUUUGCCAUGCGUACCCAACUCUGAAGGCCAUUGAGAUGUUUCAUUUCCGAGGACCUUCUCAAGUUGGAGAUCGUCUGAUACUUAAGGCAAUCGUGAACAACGCUUUCAAGGACAGUAUGGAGGUUGGGGUGUGCGUGGAGGCAUUUAGUCACAAGAUGGACGUACCCAGGAGGCAUAUAAAUAGUGCGUUCAUGACAUUCAUGGUUCUUGAUGAGAACAACCACCCUUCUGUAUUACCGCAGAUCAAACCCGAACCAGGGGAUGGUGUUAGACGCUACAAUGAAGCCAACGCUCGUAGGAAGAUCAGACUAGACCGCAAAUAUGUCAUUUCCUGUAAACAGUCUGAGGUUCCGCUGUCUGUCCCAUGGGUUCCAAGUAACCAGGUUUAUCUCAGUUACAAUAAUGUUUCGUCGCUGAAGAUGCUGGUAUCCAAAACCAAGUGGGUCUUGGCUUCAGAAAUAAACAAGGUCAGACUCUACACGCUGGAGGAAGACGGUAUUCUGUCCUUUAGGGUUGAAAUGAAAGUGUCCAUUGAUGCCAGACAAGCCUUUGCGCUGCUGUCUGACCUGAGUCGCAGAAGCAAGUGGGACACCUAUUAUAAGGAAUGUCGGCUUUUGCAGCAGGUGAAUGAAGAUGAUGCAAUUUAUCAUGUGAUCAGUACCAUCCGUUCCACGGAAAGCAAAUUUCAGGAUUUUAUCAUCCUGGCAUCUAGAAGGCAACCUUGUGACACCGGGGACCCUUACGUUGUAGCCUUCCGGUCCGUCUCUCUCCCAACUCACCCUGCGUCGGAGGAGUACACCCGCAGCGAAACCCUCUGUGCUGGAUUCUGUAUCUGGCCGCAGGAAGGAAACAUGACAAAGAUUUCCUAUUAUAACCAGUUUACCCCGGCAUUCGUCUCGUAUAUAACAACCAACAUCGCUGGACUCUCAUCCGAUUUCUACACCACCUUCCAGGCGUGCGAACAAUUCCUUGUUGAAAACACCAAGGUCUCUACAGCAAGCGUUAAACCAUCAGGUGGCCGUGACGCUAAACACAAUAAUGUUUGAAGGCUUUUCUAAAUUUAGUUUUCAGGCUGCAAACGCUACAAACAAAUAGCACUUUAUUUACAGAUGACAAAA